AUGAACUAUGAAAAUGCAUUAAAAAUAGCAGCAAAAGAAGAAGUAUAUAAAUUCUGUAUAGAUUAAGGUAGCCUUUUUUGGAUAAUGCUGUAAAUUCAAAGAUAGACCAAAUGAUCCAGCUCCUAUUGAUAGAGCAAUACAUUUUCUCUUUUUAAAGGAGAAUGUAAGUCAUUUAAUUCUUUCAUAACUUAGAAUGUAGAUAGAAAGACAGCUUUACAAUUUGGAAUGCGAAGACUCUGUAAAAUUGAUAGUACUAAAAUAUUUGAUGGUCCUGCUGAUCAUAGAAUCAUGAAAACAAAUAAAUUACUUUCUGGAGCUGUAAAUGGUUGGUAUAAUGGAGCAGCAGAAACUUAAUUUGAUUUAGGUUCUGGUUUCACUACUAAUAUUGUUAAUAAUUAAAGCAAUAGUUUUCAUUUAAGAAAUAAUUAUCUUGACAUUAGAGUUUAAACUUCAGAAAGAGAUAAGAUUGAUAUGUAAAAGUUUGAAUUCUCCAAACUUAAUUCAUAAAGACUGACGUAAGAAUUAUGUAAAUUAAAAUAAGAAACUUAAUAAAAAAAUAAUCAGCCAAAAUUAUAUGUUGAAGUAGCAGGAUAAAAAUUAUUUCAUAUUCUCGAUUAAAAUAAAUAUAAUCCUACACUUUUAUAAGAAUUUAAAGCUUUCUCAACUAUUGAAGAUAUUGUUCAUUUACAUUAAGUCAAAUCUCUAGAUAAAAUUGAAUCAAUUAGCAAUCCACAAGAAUCCAAUACUUCAAGAUUAAGACAAAGAGCAAUGACUAAUUUAUAAGAUUAUAAACAAACAUUUCUCAAAAAAAAGAGAUUGUCAGAACAUCCAGAAGAAGAUUCUUUAAAGAUUUACAAAAAGUUAUUAAAAUAGUUAAGACCAGAAGAUCAAUUUAUUAUUAUCGCUUAAAAACCUAAAAGACUCUUAUAAAACAAUCAUACCAAUACUUCAAGAAAAAGUACAUAAUAAUCCUUCUUUUUCAAUCUGACUAACAAACAAACAGUCCCAUCUAAUACUAACUUUAGUAAUUCAUAACAAACUUCAUAAUUUAAUAAAGCCACCAAUUGUUUUUAGCAGAAAGUUGAAAACUUUGUUAAAUAAUAACUACUUAUUCAAAAUACUAAAUCAUUAUCUCCACAAAUAGAUUGUACAAAUUUACAAUUAAAAUAAGAUGUAAUUUAAUUAUUAAAAUUAGCUAUACAAAUAAUUGAAAUUAAAAGAAAUUCAAAGAGUUUAGAAAGUUAAAAUUAAUUCUUAGAGAUGA